AUGAACAGCAACCAGAUUUUACGUAUUGAACAAUCUUGUAAUGGUCUUCUUUUGUGCUGCGGGCCUUACCCUAGUUCUCAUACCGGAACUCGCUAUAUUUACAAUCCUUCCACAAGACAUUACAGAACCAUUCCACCACCACCUCAGUACCAAAAAGAACUCAGUUGGGAGGAUUGGUUUGAAUUCCAGUUCUAUUUAGCUUUCAGUCCACAAAAAUCACCUAACUAUGAAAUUGCAUGUGUCUGGAGUACUGAUCAUAAAACUCAUAUGUAUAAGAUAGCAAUCUAUUCUUCGGAAACAUGUUCAUGGAGACUUGUUUAUCAUAUCUUUCGUAUCCCUAGCUACCGUGGUUUUUAUUGGAAUGGAUGUCUGAAUUGGAUCAAGUCGGGCAUCCAUACUUUAGUUUACUUUGAUAUUGCUCAGCAAGUACUAAAAAGUUCACCCUUUAGCGAUGAAAUGGAUAAAUAUAGCUCUACAGUAGAGUAUUAUGGAGAGUGCAUGGGUCAUUUGUAUCUUAUUUUACGUGACAAGGCGUCAACAUCCAAUUGCUUCAAUGUCUUUGAGAUGGAGAUAGAUUACAGUGGGUGGAAACCUAUAUCUCGAGUAGACCUUGGAGAAUUAGCAAAUCAGUAUGGGAGUGGUGUUUCCAUUAGUUAUUUAUAUUACCGGAUAUUAAAGGUAUUUGUUGAAGGAGAAGGUGAUGAAGAUGAAUUGAAGGCGUUGAUACUUUUACCUUACGAGAUUAUCUCUUACAAUCUCAAAAAAGAGAGCUUCAACAAGAUUUGUGAUUAUCCAGUGGAUCGGUAUGUUCACUAUUCACAACAUGAUUAUAUUGGAUCCUUUGCUAAUGUUUGA